CUCACACAGCAUCAGUCGCACGGAGAGCAGGUAGGAGGGAAGUCUGCGUGAUAAAAACGAGAAGUAGCCUUACUCAAGCACUGAAGGAUUACAAAAUGUCAAGAUCCACGGUCCAGUCCUCUUACAAUAGGAUGUUCGGUAGGACCGAGCAACGGCCCUCCAUGACUCGCUCUACUUACUCAAGUCGCCAGUACUCCAGUCCAGUACGCUCUUCCCGGACAUCCUACAGCGUGUCGUCCGCUCCCCCUAGCAUCUUCGCCAGCAAGACCACCAGGCUCCGCAGCAGUGCGCCCAUGAUCAAACUCAGCAGCGAUAAUGUGGACUUUGCGCUCUCCGAUGCCAUCACGGCGGACUUCAAAGCGAACCGGACUAAUGAAAAGGCAGAGAUGCAGCACCUCAACGACAGGUUUGCCAGCUACAUCGAUAAAGUUCGGUUCUUGGAGCAGCAGAACAAGAUUCUCAUCGCAGAGUUGGACCAGCUUAGGGGCAAAGGUAUGUCCCGCGUCGGGGACUUGUAUGAGGAGGAGAUGAGGGAGCUGCGACGUCAGGUGGACCAGCUUACUAACGAGAAAUCCAGAGUCGAGUUGGACCGGGACAACUUUGGAGAUGACAUCCAGAAGCUCCGUGAGAAGCUGCAGGAUGAGAUGCUACAGAGAGAAGAUGCUGAAAACAACCUCCAAGGCUUCAGACAGGAUGUGGAUAAUGCUGCCCUGGCCCGUCUUGACCUGGAGAGGAAGGUGGAGUCCCUGCAAGAGGAGAUCAUCUUCCUGAAGAAGCUUCAUGACGAGGAGAUGUGUGACCUUCAGGCUCAGGUCCAGCAGCAGCAUGUCCAGAUUGAUAUGGAUGUGGCCAAGCCCGACCUGACCGCUGCGCUCCGGGACGUCAGACUGCAGUACGAGUCGAUGGCCAGCAAGAACCUCCAGGAGUCCGAGGACUGGUACAAAUCCAAAUUUGCGGACCUGUCUGAAGCAGCUGCUCGUAACAGUGAUGCCAUCCGGCAGGCGAAGCAGGAAGCCAAUGACUAUCGCCGACAGGUGCAGGCUCUCACCUGUGAGGUCGAUGCCCUGAAAGGCACGAAUGAGUCACUGGAACGACAGAUGAGGGAGACGGAGGACAGUUUCUCCAACGAGGCAGCUGGUUACCAGGACAGCAUUGUCCGCCUGGAGGAGGACAUCCGCAACAUGAAGGAUGAGAUGGCACGGCACCUGCGCGAGUACCAGGACCUGCUUAAUGUCAAAAUGGCGCUGGACAUUGAGAUCGCCACUUACAGAAAACUGCUGGAGGGUGAAGAGAGCAGAAUCACCACUCCAUUGCCCAACUUCUCUUCUUUUAACUUGAGAGAAUCCAUGAUGGAAGUCAGACCAAUGAUGGACACCAUGCAUAAGAAGGUGCUGAUUAAGACUAUUGAGACCAGAGAUGGAGAAGUGAUCAAUGAGUCAACCCAGAACCACGAUGACCUGGAAUGAGCCACGUGUCUCACCUGUGAUGAAGACGAGGAAGGAAAGUCCGAAUAGGGUCGGGGAGGGGAGGGUUGCAUGAGGAGGCAGAACCUGAGGAGAAAUAGAGGGAUCAAGGAACGUCAAUACUUGUGUUGUUCAUGUGGAAGUUUCACUUAAAAGUCAACAAAAAAAGACAAAAAAGAAGAAAAAAAACAGCUUUAAAAGUGCCUUUUUUGACACGCUAUAAAGAUUGGACCAGUGUUUUGUUAGGGUAGAGCAAAGCAGGCACUCUAGGGCAGUGAACCAAGCAGCUUUAAUGAAUGUUCUCGUUUACCACGCAGUCUCUAGUUUACCCUCCACAAGUUAAGGCCACAGCAAUACUUUUGAGAAACAGUUUGUUUUUUUACUGUUACCAUUUACCAAAAUUCUAAAUGAAUGAAGCAAAUGUUUUGUGUGCACACCACGACUGUCAGUGCUUUUACCAGUCAAUAAACUUUUGAAAAAAUCAA